AUGAAAGCAGUGCCUGUGUUGCUGAAGCACUUAAUGAAAGCAAGGAGCAAGUUCCAUGAAAGGGGGAGAGAUGAAUCAUUUGAUGGGAAGUUGGAAAAGUUGAGAUUGGAGCUGAGCCAGAUAAAGAAGGUGUUUGUGAGAGUGAAGAAGAAUGAAGAAGAACUGCUUGACAGAUUAGCAGAGGUGGAUGGCCAUCUCCGCAAGUUAGACAGAAAGAGUUUGUAUCAAGACACGGAUGCCAUUUGCGAAAGAAUAAGUGAUUGUGUUCACAAGUUACUUCCAAAGGAUGAUGUUGAUGACUCAUCCGAGGAGGAGGGUCACAAGAGAAGUGAAAUACAGCGCUCAUCACGGCCCUCUUCAGAGAAACACAAGAAUCAGUUGCUGCUGCCUAAGCAAUUGCAUACGGAUCUGCACAUCCUAGAGGUUCAUGAACAACAUUGUCUGUUUUCUCUCUUAGUUUUCCCUGAAGGUGCUAUUAUAAAGAAAAAACAUACAAUUUAUUGGUGGAUUGGAGAGGGUCUUCUUAAAUAUUCAGAAGAUAAAACAGCAGAGGAAGAGGGUGAGGAUGUGAUGGAUAAGCUUUUUCAAUCGAAUGUGAUUGUACCGUAUGGUAAUGGAAAGUGUCCCAUUGUCAAUAAAUUUCAAAUCAAUCCUGUUUUUCGCCCUGGUUUGCUGUUACGGUUAAGAGAAAAAUACCACUCGAGUUAUGCAGUUGAUGUUAGAACAUACUAUAGCCCCUUGCGGGGUACAUGGUUAGUACUUGAACAACAAAAAGUUAUAGUAGGCAAUGGAGAUAGUUUGAACACUAGACGUUGGAUAGAUACUAUUUUUAAUGUUGGUGCGAGUUAUCUAAAUUUUGGAUCUAAUUGGUUGGAUAAAAAUAUGUACAAUUUAAAGGUGCUUCAACUUGGUCGUUGGCAAGAUUCUCCUUCACAUCACAUUGAAGUGGGGAGUGAAGAAUUCCUAAAGAAGUUGCUAAAUCAAAAGGAUUUGACUUAUAUUAGUCUUCGUGGGAUAUCAAGAAUAUCAAAGCUUCCACCCUCCAUUGCUCAACUUGAGAGCCUGCAAAUUCUUGAUCUCAAAGCUUGCCACAAUUUGGAAACAUUGCCUAAUGAUAUUUCAUCAAUGAAAAGUCUCACGCAUCUCAUUUUAUCCCAGUGUUAUUUGUUGGAAAGCAUGCCAAAGGGAAUUCAGAAGCUCACUCAGCUCCAAGUGCUCAAGGGGUUUUUAAAAGGAAAUCCUAGAAAGACCCCUUACACAGUAUCAGAUCUUGCAACUUUGAAAAAUCUGAGACAACUCAGCAUACAUUUAGGAUCUGAGGUUGUGAUCAAAGAUGGGGAGUUUGAAAGUUUGGGAGAGUUGCCAGCACUUGAGCAUCUCAAAAUAUCCUGGGGUGUGUCUGACACGAGGUACAGUGAUAUUAAAAUGAUUUUUCCUUCAAGUUUGAAAAAGUUGCAUCUUGAAGGCUUUCGAGGACAGAAAAUUCCAGAAUGGCUGAAGCCUAGCAAGAUGCCCAAGGGAUGCCAAGAGCUAAAAAUAGUUGGCGGAGAACUCAGAAGUAUGAAUUAUGAUGAAGAUAAGUACCUGUGGGGUAUGGAGAUUGUGCAUCUCAAGUACCUUAAGCAUUUGAAAGUUGACAUAGCAAAGUUGACAGGGUUGUUUCCUUUUCUUAAAUAUGCAGAAAUAAAACAAAUCUCAAACCAUUCAUACCUUGAGUGGAGCAUUGUUUAA